AUGUUGCCUCUCCGCUCUCGCGCCGCCAGCGCGGCCGCCCGCAAUGCCAUCCGCCGCGCUCGUCCCUCGAUACCGCGCGCUGCUCCUGCAGCUCUGCAGUCAUGCACCGCCCGCCGCUAUACCACGUCCAACGAGAGUCGCCAGGAGGGCGCGAGGACUGCUAUCAUGAAGAUCCUCAAGGACGUCGGCUCCAAGCGUGAGAUCCAGCAGUACCUGGCCCAAUUCAGCUCGGUGCAGUCCCAGCAGUUCGCCGUUAUCAAGGUCGGUGGUGCCAUUCUGACCGACCACCUUGACGCUCUCUGCACUGCUCUCCGCAACCUGACCACCAUGGGCCUGUACCCCGUCAUUGUCCACGGUGCCGGCCCUCAAUUGAACCGUAUCAUUGAGGCUGCUGGUGUCGAGCCGCAGUUCGAGGAGGGUAUCCGUGUCACUGACCCCAAGACGUUGGGCAUCGCCCGCAAGCUCUUCCUCGAGGAGAACAUGAAGCUGGUGUCUGCGCUGUGGGCCGAGGGUGUCCGCGCCCGCCCCAUCACCGCUGGUGUCCUGGGUGCCGACUACCUGGACAAGGAGAAGUGGCAGCUGGUUGGCAAGAUCAACAACGUCAACAUCAAGCCCAUUGAGGCUGCCAUUGCCGCCAAGGAGCUCCCGGUCUUGACCUCCAUGGCCGAGACCGACGCCGGUCAGGUCUUGAACGUCAACGCCGACGUUGCCGCCGGUGAGCUUGCUCGUGCUCUGGAGCCGCUCAAGAUCGUCUACCUUUCGGAGAAGGGUGGUCUCUGGAACGCCAACACCAACGAGAUGAUUUCGACCAUCAACUUGGACGAGGAAUACGACCACCUCAUGGCACAGCCUUGGGUCAAGCACGGCACCAGGUUGAAGAUCAAGGAGAUGAAGAACCUGCUGGACGACCUGCCCAAGUCCUCCAGUGUGGCCAUCAUCCACCCGUCUUACCUGGAGAAGGAGCUCUUUACCGACUCCGGCGCCGGUACCCUGAUCAGGCGUGGCGACAAGGUGAAGACCGCGAGCAAGCUUGAGGACUUCGAGGAUGUCUCCAAGCUUAAGGAGGUUCUCGUCCGUGACAGGAAGGGCCUCGAUGCCGAAGCCGUCGUCGACCGCUACAUUCAGAACCUUGGCCAGCGUCCCUUCAAGGCCUACUUCGACGAGAAGAUGGAGGCUCUUGCCAUUGUUCUGCCUCCUACCGAGCAGGAGAAGACUGCCCACCUCGCCACCUUCACCAUCACCAAGUCCGGCUGGUUGACCAACCUCGCCGGCAACAUCUUCACCCGUCUUCAGGCCGAUUUCCCCAAGCUCAUGUGGACUGUUGAUGUGCACGACGAGAACCUUACUUGGUUUGCUGAGCGUGCUGAUGGUUCCCUGCGCCAUGGCAACGAGGUUCUCUACUGGUACGGCAUUACUGACCUCGAGGAGGUUCGCCAAUUGAUGCUUGAGUUCAAGCAGCAUGGCCGCUCCAUGUUCGGUGACAUCAACCUUGAGUCUCAGCUCAACCGCGCUGCACAGUACGCCGAGGGUCUCAGGGCGAGGGCUGCACAGAACUCCCAGACCAGGUCCUACUCUACCAGCGCCCGCACGCUCAAGGGGAGCUCCAUCCUUAGCUCUGCGUCUGCCUUCAAGACCCCCUCUUCCUCCAGGGGCUACUCCACCACCACCAACCCCAACCCUCCCUACGGCAUCAAGUUCAAGAGCAAGGACUGGCCGUCCAAGGUUGCUCUGAUCGGUGCCCGUGGUUACACUGGCCAGGCUCUUAUUGACCUCAUGAACAACCACCCCAACAUGGACCUGAGGCACGUCUCUUCCCGUGAGCUUGCCGGCAAGAAGCUCCAAGGCUACUCCAAGCGCGACAUCACCUACGAGAACCUGUCUCCCGACGAUGUCCGCCGUAUGGCCGAGGCCGGCGAGAUCGAUUGCUGGGUGAUGGCCCUUCCCAACGGUGUUUGCAAGCCCUUCGUCGACGCCAUUGACGCUGCUGGCAAGCCUGAGACCGUCAUUGUCGAUCUUUCGGCCGACUACCGCUUCGACUCCAACUGGACUUACGGUCUCCCGGAGCUCGUCGACAGGUCCAAGAUUGCCAAUGCCACCCGCAUUGCUAACCCUGGCUGCUAUGCUACCGCCGCGCAGAUCGGUAUUGCUCCGAUUGUUGACUUCCUUGGUGGCCAGCCCACCGUCUUCGGUGUCUCUGGUUAUUCGGGUGCUGGCACCAAGCCUAGCCCGAAGAACGAUGUCAACUUCCUCACCAACAACCUCAUUCCUUACAGCCUGACGGACCACAUCCACGAGAGGGAGAUUUCUUCUCAGCUCGGUACCCAGGUCGGCUUCAUCCCGCACGUUGCCGUCUGGUUCCAGGGUAUUCACCACACCAUCAACAUCCCCCUCAAGCAGGAGAUGAAGGCUCGUGACAUCCGCCAGCUCUACCAGGACCGCUACGCAGGCGAGAAGCUCGUCAAGAUUGUUGGCGAGUCUCCUCUCGUCAAGAACAUCGCCGGCAAGCACGGCGUUGAGGUCGGUGGCUUCGCCGUCCACUCUUCGGGCAAGCGCGUCGUCAUCAACGCUACCAUCGACAACCUCCUCAAGGGUGCCGCUACCCAGUGCCUGCAGAACAUGAACCUUGCUCUCGGCUACGGCGAGUACGACGGCAUUCCUCUUGAGUAA